AACAUGUGAUAAGAAUAAACAAAAACACUUAUGGGUUAAAGUUCAUUCGUUUGGUAUUCGUUGCAAUUCAACUUGCUUCGUGUGAAUUGUAGCCUAUUUCAGUGUCACCUCUAAGGAACACAUUUCAGGCCUCAUGUUAAGUAACUGAUCAAGAGUGAUUAAUGUAUGGGGAGUUUCUGCCGUAAAGAGGAAUAACUGUUUUAAUCACAACUACAGACCGAUUGUUAAGAAAGCCUUUCACAAGUUCUAUGGCCGAAGGCCACGACCUGAGGGAGGGAUCGGACUUGCUCGAGGACAAAGAAACCACCAAACAGAAAACUGAAACCACCAAAAAGAAAAGUAUUCUGUUGGCCCCAGGCACAAAGAGAGGAAGCAGCAAGGCGACCAUCCAGUGGAAGGACGACGACAUGAAAAGCAAACUUACUACUGAGUCGGGAAACGAGGAGGGACUUCAGUUACAUCAUCUGGAGUCGCGAGGAGCAAGAUGGAAGAGUCUGCGAGAGCUCGUACUUCGGCUGCAGGCGAAGACGUCCCACGAUCUGGAGGAAGACCGGUUGAGAGAUCUGAACUUCUUGCGGCUCUUGGGGUUGAGAGGGGCGGCCAGGAAGCACAAUGUUAAAGGCAUCGAGCUCACGACUUCCCAGGAAGUCAGUCUUGCACUCCUGAGACAUAGGACCAAGAUGGACAACAGCACCUACAUCAAGGAUCACCCCGAGCUUUCCAUCCUCCUUGAACUGGUCUACAGGCAGCUGGUGAAGAAACAACCCCAGCAGCCGACGCUGUUCGUGGCCGAGUAUGUCCACCACCUCAACCUCCACAGGGAGGAACUGGAGCUGGAGGAAAUCGACGUGCCGUUCGACCGUCCUGUGGUGACGUCAGAAAUAGACGAGGAGAGACAAUCGGUGUUGGACUUCGUCAGGGAACUGGUGGAGAGGUGCGCUGCCAUAGCUUCUCGUGGAACUGGUUACGUCACAGUUAUAGGAGUCGUGGAGUCCAUGCUGAGGAAGGUCUGUCCGUCAGUGGAGUCCGCUCUGGAGGAGCCCAGGAAGAGCGCUGUGGUGGCCGCCUCGAAUAUCCUCAAUUCUCUGCUGAUGACUGUGGUCGUCGCGAGGACCAGGAGUGCAGAAAUCAUCGCCGACGAAGUCAUAUCUUCCAUCCUGGAGAACCUGCUGCCCUCGGUGAGCAGCGCCGGUGAGAUCUACCUGGAGGUCAGAGAAGACGUUGAGAGAUUCAUUCGGACCUUGCUGAAGAAGAUAACGGUUAAGGCUGACAGACAGAUAAGUUUGAGGGACAAUGCUUCAGUAUCAGUCGAAGAGGAAGAAAAGGACGAACACCCAGAUGUGACUGAAAAAGAGGGUGAACGUGCGAUGCCUAAACCCAUUUUGAAAAAGAACACUACUGAAGAGUCACAUCAUAUCAGUCUGCGUGGAGCCAAAGUGAAAUUUAUGUAACCUAUUUAAUUAACAUUAUUAAGCACCAAAUGCUGCUAUUUUUGCUUUAUUAUUUUAUAUAAAUCAGCAGCAGCUUUAAUAAAUUAUUGCU